GGCCUGCCACAAGCCAAGAAAUACAGAAUCUGCAAGCCCAGCUGGCAGCCCAGCAAGAAGAGUUUUUGAAGUCAGAGUAUGCAUUUGAAUUGAUUGUUAAGCCGAACCGCAAGUCGUCGUUUAUGUGGGUCGCGAAUCCAAGCACUGCGACUCUCGCCGAUCUGACGACUGCUAUCUUUGCAAAAUAUCCGGCCCUGGAACAGCUUAAUGUCGCGUUCGAUUUCAUAACGGAAGAUGAUGAUGAUGCUUAUAGUCCCCGGAAUGAUGCUAUGCUUCAGGGGAUGCUGCGACAGCUAGUGGCGGCAGACAAACAGAAAAUCACGGUGUCGCUGAAAACUCCAUCGAAACCCUUCAGCGAUUGGGAAUUCAAGGAUAUGUGCCGGUUAUUUGGAAUUAGCAACCAGGAUUCGGACCCUACCCUGGAGUCGUUUCCAAAUUUCGAAUGCGGUCUCGCAGAUAUCAACAACGAAACAGGGCAGAAGGCGCUUUCAAAACUUCUGGCUGAGCUGGAGGAAUGCCUCCUAUCCUUAACCCUUGACCAAGCCAAUGAGCCCUCCAAGUCAAUUUACGUUUUCUCUUAUUUACUUGCUGCGGUGAACACUUUCAGGGGUAGUUUCAAAAUAUGGCCAGAAAGAUUUAUCGAGGGAAUCAAUGGAAGGGGCCCAGUCGAUUUCGCAAUAAAUGCACGUGAUGGGCAAAUAGUGGGUGUGACAGAAGUCAAAAGGGAGGACUUCAGGAAGGGCAUCACACAGAAUGCAGUACAGCUGGAGUCCACUUUGGCCAGCCGAAAGCGCAAAGCCAGCGAAUUAGACACCGUCUUCAGGUGUUUCGGUAUUGUCACCGACGUGGAGAAAUGGUACUUUCUUGAUUGUACGCUGAAUGAUGAAGGAAAACCUGCUUUUAAGCUGUCACAGCCAGUUGUCGUUGAUUAUACUGAUGUUUCUAUGAAGGAAAAGGCAGGAAAG